CCGGAUCCAUCCGGUUCUCCCACCGCCCCCGCGGCGGGUCGCGGCAGUCCUUGCGGCGACGGCCAGGCAGCGCAGCACUCGGCGGCAGGCUCGGCGUCGCGCGUCCCCCAUCCCGCACAGCCACGAUGCCCAAGAGGAAGGUGAGCGCGGACGGAGCGGCGAAGGCGGAGCCCAAGCGCCGCUCGGCGAGGCUGUCGGCCAAGCCCGCACCCGCCAAGGUGGACGCCAAGCCGAAGAAGGCCGCGGGGAAGGAUAAAUCAUCAGACAAAAAAGUGCAAACAAAAGGGAAGAGGGGAGCAAAGGGCAAACAGGCUGAAGUGACUGACCAGCAAGCUGCAGAUCUGCCUGCAGAAAAUGGAGAGACGGAGAACCAGAGUCCAGCCUCUGAAGGAGAAGAGAAAGAAGCCAAGUCCGACUAACCAUCUAUCGUGUCUGUCAGUGGUCCUUGCCUCCCUUCUUGUAUAAUCCAGAGGAAUAUUUUUAUCAGCUAUUUUGUAAAUGCGAGUUUUUUAGUAGCUCUAGAAACAUUUUUAAGAGGUGGGGGAGUCCCACCUCAUCCCAUUUUUUAAGUGUAAAUGAUUUUUUAAGAGGUUAAAUCAUUUGCUGGUUGUUUAUUUUUUGUACAACCAGAAAAUAGCAGGAUACUGAAUCAGGAGAGGCUGUGACUGUCUCGGGGGUCACCAUAACAUUCCGUAGAGGGGCUAGUUUUAUAUCCUACAACACAAAGCAUACUAAACGGCAAUUUGGAGUUUCCGUCUUGCAUUUGUGUCUGGAAUAUUUUCAGUUAUAUCCGGUCUCGUUCGUGUUUCCUAAGAAAACCACUCCCUGGCCCUUGCCCUGUCAGAACGUAAUGUCUUUGGUCAUGGCCGUCCAUUUUCCUAACAGUGGUGAUAAUGUGCUGUGAAAGAUGAAAAUGCUGUAGGUACUAUAUGUGGCAUAAAAUUGUAGGUCGGUGGAAUUGAGGAUUAUGAAUAUUUGAUUGUUAUGUGAGGUCUUAAGGAAAACUUGUCAAAUUUGAGUCCUGAACCUCACUGUAAUAAGUUCAAAGAGACAAUACGUGGCUCUUCAUUUAGGUACGUGAACACAGUAUAUGGCUCUUCAUUUGAGUACGUGAACACAACGUGUGACUUCAAAGUUUGGGUACUUGUGUUAAGAAUUGAAGUGUCUUGUGUACUCUGCUCCUAAGCCAAUAAAAUCUCAGUUGUGAAAGAGUAUUUAAAA